GCAGUGAGGUGAAGACAUUUGAAAAUCACCCCACUGCAAACUCCUCCCCCUGCUAGAAACCUCACGUUGAAAUGCUGUAAAUGACGUGGGCCCCCGAGUGCAAUCGCGGGAAGCCAGAGUUUCCAGCGAGGACACAGCGGGUCCUGAUCCGGGUCGGGACACUUUCUGGCAGAGGCUGCGAGCAUGGGGCCCUGGGGCUGGAAACUGCGCUGGACCGUCGCCUUCCUCCUCGCCGCGGCGGAGGCUGCAGUGGGCGACAGAUGUGAAAGAAACGAGUUCCAGUGUGAAGACGGGAAAUGCAUCUCCUACAAGUGGGUCUGCGAUGGCACCGCUGAGUGCCAGGAUGGCUCUGAUGAGUCCCAAGAGACGUGCUUGUCUGUCACCUGCAAAUCCGGGGACUUCAGCUGUGGGGGCCGUGUCAACCGCUGCAUUCCUCAGUUCUGGAGGUGUGAUGGCGAAGUGGAUUGUGAGAACGGAUCAGACGAGCAAGACUGUCCCCCCAAGACGUGCUCCCAGGACGAGUUUCGCUGCCACGAUGGGAAAUGCAUCUACCGGCAGUUCGUCUGUGACUCAGACCGGGACUGCUUGGACGGCUCGGACGAGGCCUCCUGCCCGGUGCUUACCUGCGGCCCCGCCAGCUUCCAGUGCAACAGCUCCACCUGCAUCCCCCAGCUGUGGGCCUGCGACAACGACCCCGACUGCGAAGAUGGCUCGGAUGAGUGGCCUCAGCACUGUCAGGGUCUUGAAGUACCCAAAAGGGACAGUAGCCCCUGCUCGGCCUUCGAGUUCCACUGUCGAAGUGGCGAGUGCAUCCACUCCGGCUGGCGCUGUGAUGGAGGCCCCGACUGCAAGGACAAGUCUGACGAGGAGAAUUGCCCUGUGGCCACCUGUCGCCCUGACGAAUUCCAGUGCUCUGAUGGAACUUGCAUCCAUGGCAGCCGGCAGUGUGACCGGGAAUAUGACUGCAAGGACAUGAGCGAUGAAGUUGGCUGCGUUAACGUGACACUCUGCGAGGGGCCCAACAAGUUCAAGUGUCACAGCGGCGAAUGCAUCAGCCUGGACAAAGUCUGCAACAUGGCUAGAGACUGCCGGGACUGGUCAGAUGAACCCAUCAAGGAGUGUGGGACCAACGAAUGCUUGGACAACAACGGCGGCUGUUCCCACAUCUGCAACGACCUUAAGAUCGGCUACGAAUGCCUGUGUCCCGAUGGCUUCCAGCUGGUGGCCCAGCGAAGAUGCGAAGAUAUCGAUGAGUGUCAGGAUCCCGACACCUGCAGCCAGCUCUGCGUGAACCUGGAGGGGAGCUACAAGUGCCAGUGUGAGGAAGGCUUCCAGCUGGACCCCCACACCAAGGCCUGCAAGGCUGUGGGCUCCAUCGCCUACCUCAUCUUCACCAACCGGCAUGAGGUCAGGAAGAUGACGCUGGACCGGAGUGAGUACACCAGCCUCAUCCCCAACCUGAGGAACGUGGUCGCUCUGGACACGGAGGUGGCCAGCAAUAGAAUCUACUGGUCCGACCUGUCCCAGAGAAUGAUCUACAGCACCCAGCUUGACAGAGCCCACGGCGUCUCCUCCUACGACACCGUCAUCAGCAGGGACCUCCAGGCCCCCGACGGGCUGGCUGUGGACUGGAUCCACAGCAACAUCUACUGGACCGACUCUGUCCUGGGCACUGUCUCUGUUGCGGAUACCAAGGGUGUGAAGAGGAAAACGUUAUUCAGAGAGAACGGCUCUAAGCCAAGGGCCAUCGUGGUGGAUCCUGUUCAUGGCUUCAUGUACUGGACUGACUGGGGAACUCCCGCCAAGAUCAAGAAAGGGGGCCUGAACGGUGUGGACAUCUACUCGCUGGUGACUGAAAACAUUCAGUGGCCCAAUGGUAUCACCCUAGAUUUCCCCAGUGGCCGCCUCUACUGGGUUGACUCUAAACUUCACUCCAUCUCAAGCAUCGACGUCAACGGGGGCAACCGGAAGACCGUCUUGGAGGACGAAAAGAGGCUGGCCCACCCCUUCUCCUUGGCCAUCUUUGAGGACAAAGUAUUUUGGACAGAUAUCAUCAAUGAAGCCAUUUUCAGUGCCAACCGCCUCACAGGUUCCGAUGUCAAUUUGUUGGCCGAAAACCUACUGUCCCCAGAGGAUAUGGUCCUCUUCCACAACCUCACCCAGCCAAGAGGAGUGAACUGGUGUGAGAGGACCACGCUGAGCAAUGGCGGCUGCCAGUAUCUGUGCCUCCCUGCCCCACAGAUCAACCCCCAGUCGCCCAAGUUUACCUGCGCCUGCCCGGACGGCAUGCUGCUGGCCAAGGACAUGAGGAGCUGCCUCACAGAGGCUGAGGCUGCAGUGGCCACCCAGGAGACCUCCACCGUCAGGCUAAUGGUCAGCUCCAAAGCCGCAGCGACACAGCACACAACCACCCGGCCUGUUCCCAACACCUCCCGGCUGCCUGGGGCCAACCCUGGGCUCACCACGGCGGAGACAGUGACGGUGUCUCACCAAGCUCUGGGCGAGCGUUGCUGGCAGAGGGAAAUGAAAAACCCAAGGCGUGGGGCUCUGUCCAUCGUCCUCCCCAUUGUGCUCCUCGUCUUCCUCUGCUUGGGGGCCUUCCUCCUCUGGAAGGACUGGCGGCUGAAGAGCAUCAGCAGCAUCAGCGAUAACCCUGUCUAUCAGAAGACCACAGAGAUCGGAGUCCACAUUUGCCGCAACCAGGAGGCGCUGCAACUACCCCUCGUUGCACCGGAGAACCGGCCAGUGGAGCACCCUGUCCCGUGUGCAGGAAAGGAAUGA